GGUGGUGGAGGAAUAACUUGUAUCUUGGAUGAUGGGGAUGUUUUUGAAAAAGCAGGUGUGAAUAUUUCUGUAGUGCAUGGAAUAUUACCAGCUGGUGCCGUUCAACAGAUGCGAGCUAGGGGUAAAAAGUUUGCAAAUAGUGAUAAGCUCCCUUUCUUUGCUGCUGGAGUUAGCUCUGUUAUACAUCCAAGAAAUCCAAAUGUGCCAACCAUACACUUUAAUUAUCGUUAUUUUGAAGUGAGCAAUGGAGAUGGAACAACCACCUGGUGGUUUGGUGGGGGAACUGAUAUGACACCGUAUAUUUUGGAUGAAGAUGAUUGUCGUCAUUUCCAUAAAACUUUGAAAUCCUGCUGUGAUAAACACGAUAAGUCAUAUUAUAGUCGCUUUAAAAAGUGGUGUGAUGAAUACUUUUUCAUUAAGCAUAGAGGUAUGUGUGCUUGCAGUUGCAACUCCAUGGUUUUUAUUAUUAUUAUUCUUGCAUCGCUUUUGAAAUUUUUU